AUGGCAACUCCUUACCACCCACAGACUAAUGGGCAUAUGGAGAUUUCAAAUCAAGAGAUCAAAUCCAUCCAUGCUAGCAGACAAGAUUGGUCUAGGAAGCUUGAUGAUGCCUUGUGGGCAUAUAGAACAAAUUUCAAGACACCUAUCGGCAUGUCACUGUACCAAUUGGUUUAUGGAAAGGCAUGUAACUUGCCAAUUGAAUUGGAGCAUAAGGCAUUGUGGGUACUUAGGAUGCUGAUCUUGAUUCGGAAUGAAGCUUCGGAGUUGAGAUUGGGACAACUUAAUGAGAUGGAUGAGUUCUUUCUCGGAGCAUAUGAAAGGGCAGAUCUAUACAAAGAGAAGAUGAAGAAGUACCAUAAUCAGACGAUUGUAAAGCGAGAUUUUCAGAAAG